UUUGAUAAUGAUUGACAGAGCGGCAGAUUAAAAGUCAGUCUGGACGGCAGCUUUGCAUCCAUUCACGCGUGGAGGAAAGAUUUUGGAAUCUGCUGUAAAAUGAGGAUGGUGUCUGCUGUCCUUCUGUGUCUUUCUCUCACGGUGGCCUUCUUUGGACAAGGAAUAGGGGUGGAACUUCCCGACCCACCAGCCGUGAACUGUGAGUGGAGUCGCUGGUCUGCGUGGAGUGUUUGUCAUCCCUGCACUUUAACACGGACACGUUCUCGAAGUGCAGUCGUCUUCGCCCAGUUUGGCGGUGAGUCCUGCCAGGCAUCGAUCGGCGAGCGAGAGGCUUGUGUCAACGAUACGGUAUGCCAGCAAGCGCCACGUCCUGCGUGCUCCGACACGGAGUUCCAGUGCCAGUCAGGCUCUUGCAUCAAGAAGAGGCUGAUGUGCAACGGCGACUACGACUGUGAAGACGGAUCGGACGAGGACUGCGAUCCCGUGCGGACACCUUGCGGCGCCAACGUGCUAGAAAACAACGAGCAAGGCAGGACGGCAGGAUACGGAAUCAACAUCUUGGGUGCCGACCCUCGAAUGAACCCCUUCAAUAACGACUACUUCAACGGCAGAUGUGACCGAGUUCAGAACCCAUACACCGGACGCUACGAUAGACUUCCAUGGAACGUUGGUGUGCUCAACUACCAGACACUUGCAGAGGAGAUAGUCUCCAGGGAAAUCUACGAGGACACGCACAGCCUGCUGAGAGAAAUCCUGACUGAGAUGACGGACAAAGUGGACGCAGGACUUUCCUUCAAGUUCAGCCUCAGCGAGGAGUCCAUGUCCUCAAACGCUCCUCCCAGCGCGGCGUUGGAUUAUCAAUAUGAGAAGAAAGCCAUGAUCAAAGAGGUCUCGGAGUACACCAACGUCAAGAAUAAGAGCUUCAUGAGGGUGAGGGGCAGGAUCCAGUUGAACACCUACAGGCUCCGUUCACGUGAGCUCCAAGUGGCUGACGAGUUCCUGGAGCACGUCAGGUCUUUGCCUGUGCAGUACGACAAGGCUGUCUACUUUGCCUUCCUGGAGGACUACGGAACCCACUACACCCAAAACGGGAAGGCUGGCGGAGAAUACGAGUUGAUCUACGUCCUCAACCAGGACGCCAUCAAGGCUAAAAAUUUGACAGAGCGGAAGAUUCAGGAAUGCGUGAAAGUGGGAGUGUCAGUAGAUUUUGGUGGAAGUACUUCUAGUGAUGGCAAAGCUCACUACAAGGACGACAAGUGUAAAGAUGUAGCCACAAGUCUCCAAGAUGAGACAGCUGGCAAAGCGCUGGUAGAUAAGGUCAUGACGUCCGUCAAAGGAGGCACCCUGGAGAGCGCCGUGGCCAUGAGGGCCAAGCUCAAUAAGGACGGCGUGAUGGACCUCGAUAUCUACCAAGCGUGGGCUCGCACCAUCGCCAACGCCCCGGCGCUGCUCAGCAGCCAGGCCCAGCCAGUGUACACGCUGGUCCCGUUGGACAUGCCGGAUGCCAGCGCCAGGGUGGCCAACAUGAAGCGUGCCACAGAGGAGUAUGUAGCGGAGUACAGCGUGUGCAAGUGUAAACCUUGUCAUAAUGGCGCCACCGUCACGCUGCUGGAUGGAAAGUGCGUGUGUCUGUGCCCCCACCUCUUUGAGGGCCGAGCCUGCCAGAAUUUUAAAGGCGAUAAAAGCGAGCAUGGAGGUACCAGACCCGCAGUCCACCAAGAGGGCAACUGGUCCUGUUGGUCCAGCUGGUCCGUCUGUACUGGUGGGAAGCGCACCAGGACACGAGGAUGCAAUACAGAUGGACUCCUUGGCGCCAUCUGUAGGGGAGACACCAGCUCUGAUGAGUACUGCUGACCUAUUCAUAAUAAAGUACAGUAUUACUAGUA